CGGGGUCCCGGGCUAGCGCGUGGUUACGUUUGGUGCUUCUGGUCUGCGGAGCCUCAGGCGGGCCCUUUCUUCCGCCUGUUUUCCUGCUUUUGCGGGAACCUGAUCCAGUUCUAAGGCAUCGCUCGAGAAGGAGGCCUUCUUGUGCCUAGCACGUAGCCCCGUUUUAGACCUGGCCAGACACGGGUUUGCUUGUGAAGGUCACAGUUGCUGGAUCUAAGUGAAGGAGUUCAGUAGACUCUGAUGUGCCUGGUCACCUGGCUCAUUUUCUGAACUCUGGAUUGUGCCCUAGGUACUACUAUAACCACACAGUUUGGUAGCAAAAGGAUCUAUUUACUGGGCCCUCUUGACAUAGAGAUGUGGGGGGAUUCUCGAUCUGCUAACAGAACAGGACCUUUUCGUGGGAGCCAAGAAGAAAGGUUUGCUCCCGGGUGGAACAGGGAUUAUCCUCCUCCUCCCCUUAAGAGUCAUGCUCAAGAGAGACACUCUGGCAACUUUCCUGGCAGAGAUUCACUUCCCUUUGAUUUCCAGGGGCAUUCGGGGCCUCCCUUUGCAAAUGUAGAGGAGCAUUCUUUCAGCUAUGGCGCUAGAGACGGACCGCAUGGUGACUAUCGAGGAGGGGAGGGACCUGGACAUGAUUUCAGGGGGGGAGAUUUUUCAUCUUCUGAUUUCCAGAACAGAGAUUCAUCACAGUUGGACUUCAGGGGUAGGGACGUACAUUCUGGGGAUUUUCGGGAUAGAGAAGGACCACCUAUGGACUAUAGGGGUGGAGAUGGUACUUCUAUGGAUUAUAGAGGUAGGGAGACAUCUCACAUGAACUACAGAGACAGGGAUGCUCACACUGUUGACUUCAGAGGUAGGGAUGCUCCUUCAUCUGACUUCAGGGGCCGGGGCACUUAUGAUUUAGAUUUUAGAGGCCGGGAUGGAUCCCAUGCAGAUUUUAGGGGAAGAGAUUUGUCGGAUUUGGAUUUCAGGGCCAGAGAUCAGUCCCGUUCUGAUUUUAGGAAUAGAGAUGUAUCUGAUUUGGACUUCAGGGACAAAGACGGAACACAGGUGGACUUUAGAGGCCGAGGUUCAGGUACUAGUGAUCUAGACUUUAGGGACAGGGAUACGCCACAUUCAGAUUUCAGAGGUAGACACCGGUCCAGGACUGAUCAGGAUUUUAGGAGCAGAGAGGUGGGACCUUGUAUGGAGUUUAAAGAUAGGGAGAUGCCCUCUGUGGAUCCAAAUAUUUUGGAUUACAUACAACCCUGUACACAAGAUAGAGAACAUUCUGGUAUGAACGUGAACAAGAGAGAAGAAUCCACACAUGACCAUACAACAGAAAGGCCUGCUUUUGGCAUUCAGAAAGGAGAAUUUGAACAUUCAGAAACAAGAGAAGGAGAAAAACAAGAUGUAGCCUUUGAACAUGAGUCUUCAUCGGACUUUCAGAACAGCGAAAGUCCACUUCAAGACCAAGACAAGUCACAGCUUUCUGGAGGUGAGCAACAGAGUUCAGAUGCUGGUGUGUUUAAAGAAGAAGGUGGUCUGGACUUUCUUGGCCGGGAAGACACUGAUUACAGAAGCAUGGAGUACCGUGAUGUGGAUCACAGGCUGCCAGGAAGCCAAAUAUUUGGCUAUGGCCAGAGCAAGUCUUUUCCAGAGGGCAAAACUUCCCGAGAUGCCCAACGGGACCUUCAGGAUCAAGAUUAUAGGACUGGCCCAAGUGAGGAGAAACCAAGCAAGCUUAUUCGAUUAAGCGGGGUGCCUGAAAAUGCCACAAAAGAAGAGAUUCUUAAUGCCUUUCGGACUCCUGAUGGCACGCCUGUAAAGGACUUGCAGUUGAAGGAGUAUAACACAGGUUACGACUAUGGCUAUGUCUGCGUGGAGUUUUCACUCUUGGAAGAUGCCAUCGGAUGCAUGGAGGCCAACCAGGGAACUCUAAUGAUCCAUGACAAAGAGGUCAUCCUUGAGUAUAUAUCAGGCCCGGACUUUUGGUACUGCAAACGGUGUAAGGCCAGCGUAGCUGGGUACCGAUCUUCAUGUUCACUCUGCAAGUGCCCAAGGGAAGUGACAGAGGCCAAGCAAGAAUUAGUAACCUAUCCUCAGCCUCAGAAAACAUCCAUACCAGCAGCAUCAGAAAAACAACCCAACCAGUCUCCAAGGUCAGGUGAUAAAGAAUCUGAACCUAAAAAGCGGGAAGAAGGACAAGAACCACGCUUGGGACAUCAAAAGAGAGAAGCAGAAAGAUACCUGCCUCCUUCUCGAAGGGAAGGGCUUACCUUCCGAAGAGACCGAGAGAAGGAGCCAUGGUCUGGGGAGACACGCCAGGAUGGGGAGAGCAAAACAAUCAUGCUAAAACGCAUCUAUCGGUCUACUCCACCUGAGGUCAUAGUGGAAGUGCUAGAGCCCUACGUCCGCCUUACUACUGCCAAUGUCCGUAUCAUCAAGAACAGAACCGGCCCCAUGGGCCACACUUACGGCUUUAUUGACCUUGACUCCCAUGCGGAAGCUCUUCGUGUAGUGAAGAUCUUACAGAACCUUGAUCCGCCAUUUAGUAUCGAUGGGAAGAUGGUAGCUGUAAACUUGGCCACUGGAAAACGAAGAAAUGAUUCUGGGGACCAUUCUGACCACAUGCACUACUAUCAGGGUAAAAAGUAUUUCCGAGAUAGGAGAGGAGGAGGCAGAAAUUCAGACUGGUCUUCAGAUACAAAUCGACAAGGACAACAGUCAUCAUCUGACUGCUACAUAUAUGAUUCUGCUACUGGCUACUAUUAUGACCCUUUGGCAGGCACUUAUUAUGACCCCAACACUCAGCAAGAAGUCUAUGUGCCCCAGGACCCUGGGUCACCUGAAGAAGAGGAGAUCAAGGAAAAGAAAUCCACCAUUCAAGGGAAGUCAAGUAGCAAGAAGGAGGCAUCUAAAAGAGAUGGCAAGGAGAAAAAAGACCGAGGAGUGACAAGGUUUCAGGAAAAUGCCAGUGAGGGGACAGCCCCCCCAGAGGACGUCUUUAAGAAGCCCCUGCCUCCCACUGUGAAGAAAGAAGAGAGUCCUCCACCACCUAAGGUGAUAAACCCACUCAUUGGCCUCCUGGGUGAAUAUGGAGGAGACAGUGACUACGAGGAGGAAGAGGAGGAGGAACAGACCCCUCCUCCACAGCCCCGCACAGCACAGCCCCCACAAAGGGAGGAACUGACCAAGAAGGAGAACGAAGAAGACAAACUCACUGACUGGAAUAAACUGGCUUGUCUGCUCUGCAGAAGGCAGUUUCCCAACAAAGAAGUUCUGAUCAAACACCAGCAGCUCUCAGACCUGCACAAGCAAAACCUGGAAAUCCAUCGGAAGAUAAAACAGUCUGAGCAGGAACUAGCCUAUCUAGAAAGGAGGGAACAGGAGGGAAGGUUUAAAGAAAGAGGAAAUGAUCGCAGGGAAAAGCUCCAAUCUUUUGACUCUCCAGAAAGGAAGCGAAUUAAAUACUCCAGGGAAACUGACAGUGAUCGUAAACCUGUUGGUAAAGAAGGUAUUGACAGUAGCAACAAAGGAGGCUGUGUCCAACAGACCACUGGCUGGAGGAAGGGGGCAGGCCUUGGAUAUGGCCAUCCUGGAUUGGCUUCAGCAGAGGAGACUGAAGGCCGGAUGAGGGGGCCCAGUGUAGGGGCUCCAGGAAGAACCAGCAAGAGACAGUCCAACGAGACUUACCGAGACGCUGUGCGAAGAGUCAUGUUUGCUCGGUAUAAAGAACUAGAUUAAAGAAUGGAGGAGAGGCAAGUCCCAUAGGACACAACCUCCUUCUUGUUUUGUUUGUCCGUCUCCUUUUGUUUUGUUACUGUUCUUGCUGCUAGAACUUUUUUAAAUAAACUUUUUUUCAAUGUGA